UGGAAAGCGUUACUAACAACGUUUGUUUUGACAUACAAUUGAUUGCGUCACCAAUUGAUGUCUACAUGCACCAGUUUCCCUUAGUGUCUACAAAUAAGGAAAUUUUUAUCACUCUAUCCCAUUAUUACUCCAAUAAUACACUAUCCAAGUAUACUAUUUCUUGUUUGAGAGAAAAACAAUCAUGAGUAGUUUGAGAUCUUAUAAUUCAAUGGUGAAUAUUUGGGUUAUUUUGGGUACAAUGUUGUUGUUUAUGGUGGCUAAAACUGAGUGCAAAAAAUGUGCAUUUAAGGCAAUAUUUAAUUUUGGAGAUUCAAAUACUGAUACUGGUGGUUUUUGGGCAGCUUUCCCAGCUCAAGCUCCUCCCCAUGGAAUGACUUAUUUCAAGAAACCUGUAGGAAGGGCAACUGAUGGAAGAGUCGUCGUUGAUUUUCUAGCUCAAGCAUUUAACUUGCCAUUUUUGAGUCCAUAUCUGAAAUCAAUUGGAUCUGAUUACAAAUAUGGUGUUAACUUCGCAACAUUAGCAUCCACGGUUCGUUUGCCACAAACUUCCUUAUUUGUAACUGGAGUUAGUCCUUUUUCUCUUGAGAUUCAGCUAAGACAGAUGCAAGAAUUUAAAGCUAAAGUCGAUGAACUUCCCCGUAAAGGGAAAACUAAUCUGCCUUCCCCAAACAUAUUUGGAAAAUCACUAUAUACUUUCUACAUUGGCCAAAAUGACUUCACCGGAAAUUUGGCAAGACUGGGAAUAAGUGGAGUGAAAGAGUUUCUACCUCAAGUGGUUUCCUUAAUUUCCAGCACCAUCAAGGAGAUAUAUGCAUUAGGUGGGAGAACAUUUUGGGUGCUAAAUUUAGCACCAAUUGGAUGUUACCCUGCGUUUCUGGUGGAACUGCCUCAUAACACUUCUGAUAUAGACCAGUUUGGUUGCAUGAUAUCAUACAAUAAUGCAGUGGUGGAUUAUAACAAUAUGCUUAAAGCAGCACUGGCACAAACCAGGAAGAAACUUGCUGAUGCAAAUGUUGUAUAUGUGGACACUCAUGCUGUGCUCUUGGAGCUGUUUCAACACCCCACCUCUCAUGGGCUAAAAUAUGGAACUAAAUCAUGUUGCGGAUAUGGAGAUGGUGCAUACAAUUUUAACCAGCAAGUGUUCUGUGGAAAUACCAAACAAGUAAAUGGAAAAAAUGUAACAGCAAAAGCCUGUGAGGACCCACAAAAUUAUGUAAGCUGGGAUGGCAUACAUGCCACAGAUGCAGCAAACAAGGUCACAGCAUAUGCCAUUCUCAAUGGUUCUUAUUUUGAUCCUCCUUUUCCACUUCACAAGUACUGUGAUAUUCAGCCUAUAGGUUGACACUGUUGUUUUAUUUCUUGUGUUUAGCAAUAAUAAUAAACCACCACUCAUGAGUACUCAUUACUAGCCAAAGGAAUGAAAAGUUUCUGGAUGCUUUCAUUAUUA